AUGGACAUUCUCACUGAUACUGUCAAAGAACGCACGAGGCAUACCAAAGCUUACAAGAUUCUGGAUAUUGAUGUUUCGGGGUUGAUUGGUUUGAGUUCUCGGUUGAAAGGGGAGGUUCUCCGUGACUUCAGUCGUGAUUAUGGCAAUUUUCUCUCCAUCCUCAUUACAUCUUUUGAUCCGAUGGUUUUGAUCACCCUAUUUCAGUUCUAUGAUCCGCACUUGAGAUGUUUUACAUUUCAGGACUAUCAAUUGGUGCCAACACUCGAGGAGUUUUCUUACAUACUCAACAUCCGGAUCACUGAUGGUGUACCUUUUGUUCGGGUUCCCGAAGUCGUGAGAUUUGAAAAAAUAGCUGAAGCUCUUCACAUGGGUAUAAAGGAGGUAGAAAGAAAUUGGAAGUCAUCGGGCGGUGUUCCUGAUUUCUAUCUUUGCUUUCUGAUUAGUAGGGCUGAGAACGCAGCUAAGAAGGAGCAGUGGGUUGAUUUUAGUCGUUUGCUCGCUAUCAUGAUCUAUGGUAUUGUCUUAUUCCCAUCAAGAGAGAACUUUGUGAGUUUGGCGGCGAUUUGUGUCUUCAUGAACAAAAACCCUGUGCCAACAUUGCUUGCAGAUUCUUACUUUUCUAUCCAUUCGAGACAUAAGAAGGGAGGAUAUGUUGUUGGCUCUUGUCUUCCGUUGUUGUAUCAGUGGUUCAUGUUGCAUUUGCCGGUGAGAGGACCUUUUGUGCUCAAGAAGAGUUCUCUUAAGUGGUCAGAUAGGAUUGUUAACCUUACAUCUUAUGACAUCAGGUUGAAUUAUUGUGUGGGGAAGGUUUGGAACAUCAUCACUAGUUGCGGUCAAUAUUCCAAUGUUCCUCUCAUAGGAACCAGAGGUUGCAUUAGUUACAAUCCCACGCUCGCUUACCGUCAAUUGGGGUAUGCAAUGGAAGGAUCUCAGAAGCAUGUGGAAGCAUUUGAAUCUGUGUACUUUGCCGAUGGUAAAGAUCCCUUGGAGCUAGAAAAGAUAGCGUAUGCUUGGACUCAAGUUCACAAGAGAGAUCAGAAUACUUUGAUCAAGAAAGUUCCUAUUGCCAUGGGUCCUUACCGGAAGUGGGUUGAGGAAAGAGUGGCAAAUCUGUUGCUGCCAUUUGCGAGGUCGUGUCCAUUGUAUGAGCAACCUCAUGUGGUUCCAUCCGAUACAGUUGCGGCUGAACUCUAUAUUCAAACUGAGACGAACAACAUCAAGCUAAAGCAAAGGACAAAGAGGUUGGCUUGGAGAGGUAUUUUCAAGAUCACGAAAAGGCGGAAUUGGCUCGUAAGCUCAAGCAUGCGCAAGGUGAAGGUUCAAACAUGA